AAACUAUUCGCUUUUGUGUAGUUUUGCCAAGUCGGGGACGGUCCGAAUUAGACCGACUACAUGUGGUUUGUUGUGCGAGUGUCAAAAGUGUCGUGAACUUGUCGAUUUAGCGCUCGAAAGUGUGUAAGUGUAUCGCGUUUUGUAUAAAAAGUGUGUAAAAUGUCAGAUGUUGCGCGGCGCGAGUGGCGCGGGAACGCGGCAUUUUUUAGAUUCCGAUAGGAUUCGAAAGUUGAAACCUGCAUGUUUACGAACGAUGCAUUUGUACGUGUUUAAGCGUUAAUUUUAGUGCGAAGCUGUGAUUAUUUUUAUCGUGGAAAAUCGUGUGACAAUAUGAGGCGUGCCGGAUUGUGUAUUUUUGACGCGGCGCUAUGGUGCUUCGUGGUGUACCUGCUGGGACACAUGCCGACCAUAGAGAUGAGAGUGGACGAGCUCGAGCAAGCGGCACAGAAGUACAGGAGUCCAGAGCCAGUACCUGCAUCCACACCAGCACCCAUAUACCCCAAGCCCAACAUGAAGCUGGGGAAGUGUUUCCACUUGGACCGUUCCCAGUGCCCCACCAAGGAGUUGCGCUGUGACACCGUGGACCCUACCUCUGUGUUCUGCUGUGACGUGGACAGUUUCACGCUAAAAGAAGGCCUCACUGCAUACAUGAAACAGAACAUCACAAAUCUCCACGUGUUGAACGCCACCAUAACGGAACUCGACCUUUCCCAGUCCGUGUUCCGACGACUGGCGUCCAUGGCGCUUACUGACGGGAACAUCGGACAGAUUGUCGGUCAGUUCCCAAAACACUCGUCAAUAGCCUGCCUCAACAUCUCCAAUAACAACCUGACGACGGCCAAACUGCCGACCACGCUGCGGCCGUUCGCCUACCUCUUCAACCUCACCGUGUUGGACGCGUCCGCGAACAACCUCACGGAGUUCCCGCUCAGCUUGGUGCAGAGUAAUCGGAAGAUUUUCAUAGACAUGUCAGGGAACAACCACAUGCCGUGCAAAGAGUUCCAAAUGGCCAUGGACAGCAACAAUUCGCUAGUGACCUUCCUGAACUACAACAAGACGUAUUGCGUGCGCGACAUACGCUUCAACGACAUGCAGUGGUUCCAGGAGAAGUCGUUUCUGCAAAUUGACCAUCUUAAAGUUCAAAAAGAGCUAACUAACAUCUGCCGCAACAUCAAGCCUCUGGACGCGAACUGCACUUGCUUCCUGGACAGACUGGAGCUGACGCAUCUGGAGUACAUGGUGACUGUGGACUGCACGCAGCGGCAUCUCAAGGUCAUGCCGACGGAUCUGCCCCCGAACACUUGGAAGCUGAACGUGUCUUAUAAUAACAUAACGAGCCUAGAAGCGGUAGGCGACGACCCGUCAUACGAGCUUCUCAAGCAACUCAUAGCAGACCACAACGAUAUAGAGAAUAUUGGUCCGCUGGAAGGGACCAAGUUUGCUGACAACUUCAUGCUGUUCUCCAUCACGCACAACAAGCUGAAGAAUAUCCACACGUACAUGCUGUCGAACAUGUUCGACAACCCAGGGUCCUACAACACGUUCCUCAUCGGCGGCAACUACAUACACUGCGACUGUAACACAGAGAAAGUCAUCAAACCAUGGCUAAUAGAAGUCUCAAAAACCAUCCUCGAUUACAAAGAGCUUUACUGCGAGGACAACAUGGGCCCAGUAGUCGAACUAAAAGAAUUCCAAGUCUGCCACACUCCGAGAGACUGGACCGACUAUAUCUACUACAUUAUCACUCUAGAAGUCUUAAUUCUAGUGCUUCUAAUUAGUAAAGUAUCUUAUGAUUACUGGAUUUUCAAGACGGCAGGAUACUUGCCCUGGCCGGCUAAUAAGAUGCCACGUCUGCCCUGUGAUUGGCUGUGUGAGUGACGCGCUGGUUGGUGGAUAUUGGAGCGAUGUGAUUGGCUCGCGCGUGGCGGGUUCAUGCGCUUUGAGUCUGGAGUCUCAGAGGUUUAAAUUCGCCAGUCAAAAUACGACCUUGAAGAUUGUUACAUAGAAUUUAAUUUUGAUUGUCAUUGCGGACGCAAUAUCGCGUCGGACAAACAGAAUGGAGCAUAACUGCAGUGUGGUUGAAUGACUUUUAUAACGUUAGAGUGCGACAGACUACAAUGAAGUUAUUUGGGUGUAAUCUCAAAAACAGGACAGUAUCUCAUUUGUGAAAGACAAGUGCACUGUGAUGGACUUAUGCUUAUUUUUUGAUACCAUUUAAUACAGUACGUUUUUUUAGCAUUAGAAAAAGACUACCUAAGCGAUCAUGACGUGUCUCUUUCAUUGAAAAACGCUUUUUAAAAAUCAGCAACCAGUAUUAGGUACUGAACGCAAAAUAAUGUAAAUAAUCGUAUAUGAUCAUAAUUGUUACAUACAAUAGGUAUUCGCCGUGACUUAUUUUCCAAAAGUCAAGAUUGUUUACCUUUUUUCUAAUGCUAAAAAACGAACUAUAGGUUUCAUGGAUUAUUUAAUGAUGAUUUUAGCACAUCACAACACAGCAUGUGUUGUGAUGUGUUUUUCGAUAAACAAAUGCUGUAUAUUGAACUUUUUUUAUUUUUUCGUGUUUUUUUCAUGGACUGCUUUAUAUGGCUUUAUGCUGCAUCUAGAGAUAGCACAUCAGAGAUCUAUUGUGUAUUAGUUAGGUAUGUGUAAAAUUGUGUCGAAUAUGUAAAUUAUGUGUUGUUAAAAUCUUUGUAAAACUAUAUGAAAAAUGCGUAUAAUUUUGAUCAAGUGUAGCUUUAUGAAAAGCUAAAUUGUAGCUAUUAUUUAUACAAAUGUAUACAAGUAUACCGAAUAAAACUUUUCCAUGGUCCCAACGAAUUUGAAUCUUAUGUCAAUACGGCAAACUUUUGCCAUUAUUUAUUUAUCGUAUGGCAUGGCAUGCCAUGGAAAAAUUUAUUCACUAUAUCUGUAACAAUACAUAUAUGAAAAGACGAUGUACAUUAAUUUCGAGUUUUAGAGCGGUUUCGCACUACGUCCGAUCUAGUGCGUAACUUACCAUAGAAAUAGUUCUAUGGCUACUACAGACCAUAUUUUCACGGGUUCGGAUCGGAUUCGGAUCGGACGUAGUGCGAAACCGCUCUUAUUGUAAUGAUAAUUUUGGGUGUAGUAAUGUGACUUUAUUGCCAAUGAGUCUUGUAUCAUAGGUAGGUAUAUUUUUCGCCUUAUUACCAAGGAGUAAGGUGCAAAAUUGCACCCAUUUUUGACCUCGUCUGUAUGUUGUUAACAAAAUAAUCGUACAUCUUAUUUUAUUACAAAUAUUUACCGCCAAUGGUCAGUUAGUGUCCGUCUAAGGGUGGAAUUUCAUCUGUCCAAUAUAUUGUUCCAAUGUCAUUGCGUCUCACUCUCUCAUUAAGCAAAAUGUGAGACGCAAAUACAUUUUGGACCGAGAAAUUGGACAGGUGGAAUAGGUACUACCCCGUUAACGAGUAGUACCGACUUGAAGAUAACAUAGUGAGGGAGUGUCACUAUAAACGUCAUAUUUUCAUAGACACUUAGUGAUAUGUUGCAAAUGCCACGCAUUGUUAGCUUUAAGUCUUUCUGUCAGUGGGCAGAAAUGUGACAACUUUGUUACAUAAUUCAAUCUUACAGUGCGUUAUAUCAGGCGGUCUAGCAUGAGUUGUGAUCUCGCCCGCGACUCCAUACAUCAAGCGCGACUUCGUAUGGACCAUAGACUAGGAAUCCUCUAGACCGAGUUUAGAGCAAUUAUUUCAUGCAACCGAUGAUGCCAAAAAUGCGGGGGUGCGCGGGACGAGGUGAGCGAAGUCCCGUGCCGUGAUUGGUCCGUUCAAAGACACGGACGUCACACAAAGACAUUUUCGACUCGAACAUGGAGUAAAAUUACUGUAUGCGUGGCAGAGGGGGUAGCGCGACUAUGCUCAGUCUGGACGAUGUUUCGUCUGUGGUAUGGAAUCGCGCGCGAGAAGCGACCAAUGCUAGACCGCCAUAUCUACUAGUAACUAUAAUAGUAGUUAUCUAAGAAGAAUUUAAACAAAAAUGUAUGUCUAGGUCAAAUAUCCCAUCCAUUUCUGAUGUAAGUUCUUAAUCUAAGUCUAUUUUUGUACUCAAUAUGUUAAUAUUUGCUAUUUUUGGACCAAUCAUACUGAAGAUUCUAAGAGGCUAAACAUUAACUUUCACCUAAGAUUUCACUUAUUGUUAGCUUAAGUUAGGGCUGAAAUAGACUGAUUGCAAUUCUCAAUUUUCCGUAUAUUUUUUCUGCAGUUGAAAAUUAAAUGCACUCAGUCUGUUUCAACUACAACCGUUUUGAAAUAUUAUUGGAAAUAGGUGCCAUAUUGAAAAAUAUACACUGAAUUUAUCAUUAUUUUUAGAUGUUUAUCUAUUAAAAAGGCUAUAGUUAUUAUGUAUAUAAAUGCAACGAAGACUGUAUAUUUUGUAUGGGUUUAGUUUUAUGUAUAGAAUAUGACCAAUAAAAGGGUUGAUUUUAUAAUUUUGUUUGAUUUUUAAAUAAAAUAGUAAGGUAGUUUU